AUGUCUCACGUUGCUUAUAAGAACGAUUCGCUCAAGUACGUUCCCAUCGCACCAUCACCAGUCAUGGAAACCCCAAAGAAGUAUAACUAUAAAAAUAAUCCCUACACCGGCGCACAGGCAGCAUCUAUCGCGAGAAGAAAUGCUCGCGAGAGGAACCGCGUCAAACAAGUGAACGAUGGAUUCAACGCGUUGAGGAAGAGAUUACCAGCGGCUGUCAUCAACGCCUUAUCCGGUGGAGCGCGUCGCGGCUCUGGCAAGAAGCUGAGCAAAGUGGACACUCUAAAAAUGGUAGUGGAGUAUAUACGAUAUCUGGAGAACCUGGUUGAAGACUGUGACGCGACCGUUGGAAUCACCAGCCCCAUGGACGUAUCGACAGAUAUUGACGAAGGCAUCUUCGCUGGGCGUACUUCACCAUAUUCAGAUUCCGUGCCUUCACCAGUGAAUUCGGAAUGUUCUUCUGGUGUGUCAUCGUCCUAUUCCAUGUGUAACGAUUACUAUGCCCCACCAAUUAAUACGUACAGCGAUAUAAAUUCAAUGAACAAUAAUGAGUUGUUAGACGAACUUUCUUGGUGGCAACCUAAAUGA